GGCUGGGGCAGCCUCGCAAGGUAAUGAUUGGAAUCCACAGCGCCAGAGCGGCGUCCUAGCAGCCCCGAGCGCGCUCCAACGGCUGCGCGCAAGGGCAGCCUCAUUUUUGAUCUGUUUCGGCGCUGCGACGCUGCACAUGCAGCCUUGCUGCUAGGCGUGCCGUCGCGCGGCGCCGCAGCCCGCACGCGUGCGCUUUAACCUCUCGCGCCACCGCUGCGCCACAGCUCUAGGCGCGCGCGCCGGUCGGGGCCAACGCAUGAGGCUGCGCGCCGCCUUUUUCUUGGCGACGGCGGCCGCCGCGGACACGCUCGCCAUCGUGACGGAGUUCCGCUCCGGCUCGACGCUGCUGGGCGGGCUCGUCGCCAACGCCUCGACGUUCUACUUCUUCGAACCCUGCCGCCUGCUCGGCGGCGAUCACAAUCGCAAGGUCGCGAGCGGAUCCUGCGACGCCCUGGUACCGCGGCUCCUGGCCUGCGACGCCGCACUAGGCGACAAGGUUUGGCGCGAAGUCGCGACCAAGGAUCGCGGCUUCCUGGGACACCGCGUGGGGGCGACGAAGCCGGCGGCGGUCGUCACCGCGUGCGCGGCCCGGGAACGCGUCGCCAAGGUGACGAGAAUGGACGCUGGCCUCCCGAAGGCGUUUUUGGACGCCGUGGACCGCACGCUCCGCCUCGUGCGAGAUCCGAGGGCCGUGGUCAACUCGCGGGUGCGGGGCCACAUGUGUUCAAACAAAAAAAUCAGUGCCUGCGCCCGCACUGUGUGCAAGCGCAUGGCGGCCAAGGACGCCGACGAGGAGCGGCUAGGGUUGCUUUCUCGUGGCGACUAUCGUGUCGUCUACUACGAGAGGCUCGUCACGGCUGCCGCCGUGGAGCUCGACGGCAUCUCGCGCUGGCGCGGCCGCGGGAAGCUGGGCGUGCCGGAGCGCCACCACGCGCUCCGGCAAGUCAACGACAAGUCAGACGCGGAGUGCAAGCCGGGCAGAUCGUGCAGGCGCGACGGCGCGGCGGUCGCGGCGCGGUGGAGAGAGGAGCUGUCUCCAGCGGACGUCGCGACAAUCGAGGCCGACGAGCGGUGCGCGCGGACGAUGCGGAGGCAUAACUAUACUGUGUUGUAUCUGGCUUCUUGA